GUGGCGCGGAGCGGCGCGGAGGGCCGGGCGCCGUCGCCUCGCCAUGGGUCCCAAAGCGAAAAAGGGUCCGGGUAAGAAGAAACUCACCAAAGCCGAGCGUCUGAAGCUGCAGCAGGAGGAAGAGGAGAGGCGACUGAGAGAGGAAGAGGAAGCCCGAUUGAGAUUUGAGAAAGAAGAGCAGGAAAGGCUGGAGCGCAUGCGAAUCGCUGAGGAAAAAUGGCAUCAACUUGAAGAAAAAGAUCUCGAGAGGCGCAACCAGGAGCUGCAAGAGCUGAACCUCUUAGAGGAGUGCUUCCUGGAAGCGGAGAAAUUAAAGCAAGAAAUCAGAUCUCUUUCUCGGUGGAACCACUACAUCGCGUGCGAUGGGAGGCCCGACCCGUCGGAGUCGCAGGAGAUGAACACGUUCAUCAGCCUGUGGCGAGAGGAGCCCGACGAGACCUUCCAGGCCGUGAUCGAGAAGAGCAAACUCGUCCUGUAUUUAAUCGAGAAGAUGAAGCUGAUUCUGUUGGAAACGCCGCCGGGUGACAUGGACAGCAAAGCUACGGCGCAGUACACGGGGUCCGUGCGGCAGCUGCAGGAGCUGCUGCAGCUCAAGCUGAACAGAGCCACCGAGCUGCUCCUCCGGCAAGCUAGUAAUUUAGCCGACAUGGACAGUGGAAAUAUGGAAAAAGUCAUUCGGGACGAGAACAUUAACCUGUACCUGUGGGCAAACCUCAAGAAGAAUCCGAGGAACAGAAGUGUCCGCUUCUCCGAGACACAAGUAGGAUUUGAAAUCCCGAAGAUCCUGGCCACGAGCGACAUCGCCCUGCGCCUCCUGCACACGCGCUACGACCACCUCACCCCCGCGGACCUGGCCCUCGCCCCCAAGGAGGAGGGCUCUGUCGAGGUGGAGCCCAGCCAAAGCUUGCUGGACACCCAGGACGUGGUCCAGGAGGACCAGGAGGCGGAGAACCCGGAAAGCGAGCUCACGUUAACUCAGGACGAGGAGAAACAGGCAGAAGAACAAGUCAAAGCCAAAGUGCAAGUGAUGUCCAUCGCUGAAGACCUAGAAGCCAUGAAGAAUGCACUGAGGAGGAAAUUACUAAGUGACAAAAUAUUAGAAGCCCAGAAGCUCCUGGUGAAGAACGACUCUGAAAUGCCAGAAAUGAAGGACAUCUUGGACGUGAAUCUGUGCCAGUUCACGCCUCUGGGCGGCGUGUUCUACCUGGACAUCCUGCAGCUGCCCCCGCUCUGCAAGCCGGUCAAGGGCUGGAUGAUGGUGGAGCUGCUCAGAGGAGAAUUACAGAAUUUCACGUAUCCUCCCGAGUCGGUGGAAGAGCUGGAUCCGGAGAACGCCUUCCCGCCCAUCGAAAUCACCCUGCAGCUCCCCGAGAACGUCGUCUUCUUCGAAGAGCCGAUGGUGGUCAGGUGGGACGCCGAAGGUCAGGGCUGGAAGAAGGGCGGCAUCAGUGACGUGUAUUACAAAGAGGAAGACAAGCUCCUGUCCUUCAGCCUGGAGGUGCCCGGCCCCUUCACCCUGGUCCAAGACGCUCACAUAAACAUGCCCUACCUGUCGUGGGAGAUGGUGCCUCUGGACCUGAACAGAGUCCUCCUGACGGUGACCACGGCGUUCACCGAGUUCCAGAUCCAGAUCAAGGAAAACCUCUGUAUGCUAUCUUCAGUCAAGCUGAAAGACCAAAGGCCAGUUUCCAAUCUGAAGGGCAAAUGGCUGGCUCUGAUCCCCUUCAUUACUGCGUUGAAAGAAGUUGGGCUGAAUAUCUUCCCGACCCGAUUCUCUCAUCUAUACGUGAUUAUCAACAAUAAGGGGGCCCUGGUGGAGGUCAAGGCCUACCGACAGAUCGCCCUGCUGAGCUCGACCUUCGCCUUCGGCUGGAGCAAGUGGAACGCGGUGUGCGACUCGCAGAAGGUGGUGUUUAAGGCCCGGGAGCAGGCGCCCGGCCGGCCCCUCGCCGCGGACUGGGCCCUGCUCCUGUUCAGCGGCCAGCGCGCGCAGCGGCUGAAGCUGACGGAGGACAGCGACGCGUUCUCGGAGGCCGUGGAGGACGGCACCGAGUUCCACUCGAGCCUCUUCCACAUGGUCAGCGACUACGCGUCGCCCGAAGCCCUGGACAGGAUCCGCGCCGCGGCCGGCCGCCACGUGGACGCCGUGUGCCAGCUGCUGCUGGCCACGCGCCUGCUCAGCUUCUCCUAG